AUGACGAUGCUCCUGGAUGGAGGUCCACAGUUCCCUGGGCUCGGAGUGGGCAGCUUCGGCGCGCCGCGCCACCACGAAAUGCCCAACCGCGAGCCGGCGGGCAUGGGGCUGAGUCCUUUCGGGGACUCGCCCCACGCCGCCGCCGCCGCCGCCGCCGCCGCCGCUGCCUUCAAGCUGAGCCCAGCCGCAGCUCACGAUCUAUCUUCUGGCCAGAGCUCUGCGUUCACGCCGCAGGGUUCCGGUUACGCAAAUGCCCUGGGCCAUCACCACCACCACCACCAUCAUCACCAUCAUCACCACACCAGCCAGGUGCCCAGCUACGGCGGUGCCGCCUCCGCCGCCUUCAAUUCCACGCGCGACUUUCUGUUCCGCCAGCGUGGCUCCGGGCUCAGCGAGGCUGCCUCAGGUGGCGGGCAGCACGCGCUCUUCGCGGGUUCGGCGAGCAGUCUCCAUGCUCCAGCUGGUAUUCCAGAACCCCCAAGUUAUCUACUCUUCCCCGGACUGCAUGAGCAGAGCGCCGGGCACCCGUCACCUACAGGGCACGUGGACAACAACCAGGUCCACCUGGGUCUUCGCGGGGAGCUGUUUGGACGUGCGGAUCCAUACCGCACGGUGGCCAGCCCGCGCACGGAUCCCUACACGACGGGCGCACAGUUUCCAAACUACAGCCCGAUGAACAUGAACAUGGGCGUGAACGUGGCGGCCCACCACGGACCUGGCGCCUUCUUCCGUUAUAUGCGGCAGCCCAUCAAGCAGGAGCUGUCGUGCAAGUGGAUCGACGAGACUCAGAUAAGCCGACCCAAGAAGAGCUGCGACCGGACCUUCAGCACCAUGCAUGAGUUGGUGACACACGUCACUAUGGAGCAUGUGGGGGGCCCGGAGCAGAACAACCACGUCUGCUACUGGGAGGAGUGCCCCCGCGAGGGAAAGUCAUUCAAGGCGAAGUACAAACUGGUCAACCACAUUCGAGUGCACACAGGCGAAAAGCCCUUCCCAUGUCCCUUCCCGGGCUGCGGGAAGAUCUUUGCCCGCUCCGAGAACCUCAAGAUCCACAAGAGGACCCACACAGGUGAGAAACCUUUCAAAUGUGAAUUUGAAGGCUGUGACAGGCGCUUUGCCAACAGCAGCGACCGCAAGAAGCACAUGCACGUGCAUACCUCGGACAAGCCCUAUAUCUGCAAAGUGUGUGACAAGUCCUACACGCACCCGAGCUCUCUGCGCAAGCACAUGAAGGUUCAUGAAUCUCAAGGGUCAGAUUCCUCCCCUGCUGCCAGUUCAGGCUAUGAAUCUUCCACUCCACCCGCUAUAGCUUCUGCAAACAGUAAAGAUACCACUAAAACCCCUUCUGCAGUUCAAACUAGCACCAGCCACAACCCUGGACUUCCUCCCAAUUUUAACGAAUGGUACGUCUGAGGACAAAUACAAACACAAACCCUGUUAACCAUAGAAUGGACCAAAUGCAUUUUUAAAAGAAAAGUGAGACCAGUCAAAUGGAAAUGGAGUUUUAAGGCAAGAGGCCAUAAAUAGGGCUAUAUCUUGUUAAUUGCAAUUGUCCAGGAAGGUUUCUGGGUAAGAGCCAAAAGUAGCCAUGCCCUUUUCUCAGGAUUAGGAAAUAUGUUUUCACAUGUGAAGGAUUAAAAAAUAUUUUCACUGCUUUUUCUUCCACUUUCUCUUGCUCUGCACAUCCCAUACCUA